AUGGCGUCUUCGACCAUCUAUUCUCCAUCCCUCGUGGUUGUCUCUGGACCUAUUGUCACAGCUUGGAAAUGCCUGGAAAACGGGUCUAAACCCCAAGCUUUACACCCUUGUGGCGAGACACCCAUUGCCGACAUUGCUUGGAAUCACAAUGCGCAAGUAAUCGCGACCAUUUCAAAGGCUUCCAGUGCCAUGGACUCGCGCAACAAUAUCGUCUUGACAGUGGCCGAUACGGGCAACCGUGUGGAUUCCCUUCAACACGACUUGAAUUGGGGUCGGCCGCCCGCCAGUGGUACCUCUAUUGCCUUUGGAGGAAAGUCGAGGUACAUCGCCGUUGGUGACAAUAGCGGUGCUGUUUGUUUGUGGGACUUGAAGAAGAGAAUGAGGGUCCGAGAGUUUUUUCAUGAUGGUUAUCCAUCAUUGCAAGUGGCCGUGGAUCCAUCCGAUAAAUUUAUCCAUUCGCUUACUAGCGAGUUCCUCUCUAUUUUUAAUCUGAAAGAUGCAACUUUAAGUGGCAACAUUUCUCCGCAGUCUAGUCACUUGACUUUUACGAGAUGUCACACCUCGCCAUUGGAAGUACAAAAGACCGCAAUUGGAACCAAUGACGGCAGUAUUUUUGUGUAUGACACCUACCGACAAUCCGAUUCAUCUUCCCCACUCUUGACUUUAGACCGCCGGUUCUCGGGCAAGAUCACUGGACUUUCGUUUUCGGCGGUCAACUCCCAAUUGCUGUCAGCUGCCUCGGCCGAUGGGUCGCUUCAAUUUUUUGACAUUCGAACGGGCGAAACGAUCCAAGAACUUGCCUCUCUGUCGUCACCGAUAACGUCCCUUGCCAUGCAUGCUGGUGGGAUCAAUUGUGCAGUCGGGACUGCUUCUGGUGAUGUCCUUGUUCAUGAUUUGCGACAGAUCGAACCCUUGGCAACGAUGCCAGUGCAACAUUCUGUGACGUCUCUGCAAUUCGCACCCAUUCCAAAACCGAAAAGGGACAAGACAACGUCGAUGACGACUCCAUUGUCAAAUACACUAGGCAUGAAUUUGGAGCGAAAACAAAGCGCGAGCACUACACCUAGCCGACAAACCGUCAAAACUGAAGUCAUAUCAAAUUCCUUACCUCGGCAGAGAGACACAUUCAGUUCCGAGCCUUCGUCGCUUAUGGGCUACAGUUCACAGCAAAUCAGCCCGGCAAGAGAGCCACAGCCUCAGUCGAGUCAAAUGCCUUUCCAAGAAUACAGGCCAACUAGUAUACCGCGAGAUCCAAGCAUUUCAGGUGCCUCAAAUAUUCGAGAUCCAAGCAUCGCUGGUGGAGUCCCAGAAAACGAAGAUGCGAAAAAGUCUUCGGACACAGGGACGAUUCAGCUUGAUGACGUUCGGGACAUCGUUCAAGAUGAAGUCGAAAACCUAAGAGAUGACAUGGAAGAAGCAAUGCGAAACCUUCAUAUGGACAUGAUUAAUCAAUUUCAUCAACAGUCGCAAGAACUCACCACCGUAAUGUCAGCACAAGCUGCCACCAUUGAACGGUUGACAGAAGAAAACCGGCGGUUGCAAGAAGAAAAUGUAGCCUUGCGGAAAUAA